AUGUUGGGUCGUCAAGAAGAUAAAUUAUGUGGAAUUUUCUCUGCUCUGGCGGCUUUGUCCUUUGCAUGCUUUGUUCAAAGCUCCUCCACUGGAAGCUCCGGAAUGUCUGUGGCCAAGAACACCGUGGACAAGUUGCUGAAGGGAUAUGACAUCCGUUUAAGGCCUGAUUUUGGAGGUCCUCCAGUCAUCGUAGGAAUGAGCAUCAACAUAGCAAGCAUCGACUCCAUCUCAGAAGUAAACAUGGACUACACCAUCACAAUGUAUUUCCAGCAGAGUUGGCGAGAUAAGCGUUUGGCUUAUGGCGAGCUGAACCUAAACCUGACUCUGGAUAACCGUGUAGCAGACCAGCUUUGGCUCCCUGACACCUACUUCCUUAAUGACAAGAAGUCCUUUCUUCACGGUGUGACAGUAAAAAACCGUAUGAUCCGACUGCACCCGGAUGGCACUGUCUUAUACGGGCUGAGAAUAACCACCACUGCUGCUUGCAUGAUGGACUUGAGAAGGUACCCUCUUGAUGAACAGAACUGCACCCUGGAAAUUGAAAGCUAUGGAUACACCACAGAUGACAUCGUAUUCUUCUGGCAAGGAGGAGACAAUGCUGUGACAGGCGUGGACAAGUUAGAGUUACCUCAGUUCUCCAUUGUGGACAUCCGCUUGGUAUCGAGGGAGGUCAGGUUUACUACAGGUUCAUAUCCAAGGCUUUCGCUGAGUUUCAGGAUUAAGAGGAACAUUGGAUAUUUUAUCCUGCAGACAUACAUGCCCUCCAUCUUGAUCACCAUCCUCUCCUGGGUCUCCUUCUGGAUCAAUUAUGAUGCCUCUGCAGCUCGGGUGGCCCUGGGUGUGACAACGGUGCUUACCAUGACAACAAUUAACACCCACCUUAGGGAGACUCUCCCCAAGAUUCCCUAUGUGAAAGCCAUCGACGUCUACCUCAUGGGCUGUUUUGUGUUUGUGUUCCUGGCCCUGCUCGAAUAUGCCUUUGUAAAUUACGUGUUCUUUGGCCGGGGCCCUGCGCAACAGAAGAAAAUCAAUGAGAGGCUGAACAAAGCCAACAACGAGCGCACAAGAUACGAAGAGAAGCGCCUGAGGGAACAGGACUCCAUUUCCGUGCCGUUUCAAACCAACACCUUCAGGUCAUUUACACAGCGAAGAAAUCUGUAUCUCGAGGAACAAAGAAAAGUUGGGGUGGACGCAUAUGGAAACAUUCUCCUCACCACACUGGAGAUGAAUAACGAAGUGAUGCCUUCUGACGUGGGAAGCAGCGUCAGUGACUCUCGGAAUUCAGUCAUGUCCUUUGACAGUUCCGGGGUCCAAUUCAGGAAGCCCAUGGCGCCCCGAGAUGGCUUCAGCCACCACUCGCUGGACCGGAGCGCCAUGCGGAGCCGGGCCAACUGUCGGCUACGACGACGCUCCUCCAAGCUCAAGUUGAAAAUCCCAAACCUGUCAGAUGUUAGCACCAUUGACAAGUGGUCCCGGGUCAUUUUCCCUAUCACCUUUGGAUUUUUCAACCUAAUCUACUGGUUGUACUAUGUGAAUUGA